AUGAUGCUGAUGCUAACCAAGCUGCUUUUUCUCCAGCACACGUCCCUGGAUGGCUUUUCUACUAAAUUGGUGAGCCGCCAGAAUCUGCCUCGCUGCAGGAACUCUCUGAGCUCCAGCGUGGACGAGCAUCCGCAUAUAGGCAACUACCGCCUACUCAAGACCAUUGGCAAGGGGAACUUCGCCAAGGUCAAACUGGCGCGGCAUUUGCUCACAGGACGAGAGGUGGCUGUCAAAAUAAUAGACAAAACCCAGCUGAAUCCCACAAGUCUACAAAAGCUCUUUAGAGAAGUCCGAAUAAUGAAGAUCUUGAAUCAUCCAAAUAUAGUGAAGUUAUUUGAAGUAAUUGAGACUGAGAAGACACUUUAUUUAAUAAUGGAAUAUGCCAGUGGAGGUGAGGUGUUUGAUUAUUUGGUGGCUCAUGGCAGGAUGAAAGAGAAGGAAGCCAGGGCAAAAUUUCGGCAGAUUGUAUCUGCAGUGCAGUACUGCCAUCAAAAGAGAAUCGUACACAGAGAUCUUAAGGCUGAAAAUUUAUUGCUGGACGCCGACAUGAAUAUCAAGAUUGCCGACUUUGGCUUCAGCAACGAGUUCAUGGUGGGAAAUAAGUUGGAUACAUUCUGUGGCAGUCCUCCCUACGCCGCCCCCGAGCUGUUCCAGGGCAAAAAAUAUGACGGGCCCGAAGUAGACGUCUGGAGUCUCGGGGUCAUCCUGUAUACACUCGUCAGUGGAUCACUGCCUUUCGACGGCCAGAAUCUUAAGGAGCUGAGAGAGAGAGUGUUGAGAGGAAAGUACCGUAUCCCUUUCUACAUGUCCACAGACUGUGAGAACCUGCUUAAGAGGCUGUUGGUGCUGAACCCCAUCAAACGGGGCAGUUUAGAGCAAAUCAUGAAGGAUAAAUGGAUGAACGUGGGCCAUGACGAUGAGCAGCUGCAGCCUUAUACGGAACCAGAGCCUGAUUUCAGUGACAGUAAAAGGAUCGAGCUGAUGGUGACUAUGGGAUUCCCAAAGGAUGAAAUCACAGAGGCUCUCAAGGGACAGAAAUACAAUGACGUCAUGGCUACUUAUCUCUUAUUAGGAAGAAAACCUCCAGAGAUUGAAGGCAUUGAGUCUGUGCCCAUCAGCAAUCUCUGUCCGAGGCCACGCCCUACCAGUGACAUCAAUACCAGCACUAGCCAGUCCCCUUCACACUCCAAAGUCCAGCGCAGUAUAUCGGCCAAUCAAAAGCAGCAGCGGCGGUUUAGCGAUCACGGUGGGGAUGACAUAAAACCAAUGGGUCCCUCAGUCCCACCUGUAGUGUCAUACACUAAGCGCAGCUGUCUCGAGAGCGAACAGAAGGAGGAGUGUGAGAACAUGCACAAGCUGCUGAGCUCCAGCUCAAAGGGAGACAUACCAGCAUCUCCCCUGGCCGCCCUAGAGAGGAAAAAAUCCAUUACUUCAGCUGGAACUAAUGGAGGCAUGGCACGCAGAAAUACGUACGUGUGUGAGCGUUCAGCUGACCGUUCCUCGGCCAUCCCCAAUGGCAAAGACAGCAGUUUAACGGAGGUCUCAGGCAGUACUACAUCAGCCUCCGGUGCCACUUCAGCUCUGAUGUCUACAAGACAGAGAUACUUGAAAUCCGUGUCUUCCACCGGCACUUCCUCCAAAACCACCCUGCCUCCUAUAGAGGACAACAGCGAAUACAAGGGAAGUCCAAGUGCCAGACCUCCAUCCACCUCACCCUCCGAUCACAGCAUCAGCACUCCAGAGCGCACUCAUUUCCCCCGAGGGACGUCUAGCCGGAGCACCUUCCAUGGAGCGCAGCUACACGAGCGCCGCAGUGCCACCUACAACGGCCCACCUGCCUCGCCCACCCUCUGCCAUGACACAAGCACUCUAGCACCAGCACGCCGGGGCACAUCCACCGGCAUCAUCAGCAAAAUUACCUCCAAGUUUGCCCGCAGGGUUCCAAGUGAAGGGGAAGCAAGUGGCAAGUCAGAGUCGCCAAGGAGCACUUUGGGAGAAUCAAAAGACGAGACUCGCGACUCAAAACCACGCUCACUGCGCUUCACAUGGAGUAUGAAGACGACAUCUUCCAUGGAGCCAGGCGACAUGAUGCGCGAGAUCCGCAAAGUGCUAGACGACAAUGGCUGUGACUACGAGCAGCGCGAGCGUUUCCUGCUUUUCUGCGUGCAUGGUGAUGCUCGUCAUGACAACUUGGUCCAGUGGGAGAUGGAGGUUUGCAAGCUACCGCGCCUCUCACUUAACGGUGUGCGCUUUAAGCGCAUUUCAGGCACUUCCAUCGCCUUCAAGAACAUCGCAUGCAAAAUCGCUGAUGAGCUAAAGCUCUGACAAGGGAACAGAAAGGAAACAAUGUGGCUCAGUGUGGGCUAACAGCGAUAAGUUUGGUUCACGUUUGGCUAGAGCCGAGGUGCUGCCUUAACAGAAUGUGCGGUGCUCAUCCUGUAAGUUUUGCUUUUCCAUUAACUUUUAUCACCUUUGCAAUCCAGUAUAGGCCCCAGUCAGUGAUAUUAUUUUGAUGCUGAUGGACUUUUACGUGUGUUGGUCUGGGAAAGCUUGUUACUGUAGGUAAAUUCUUAAACAGCCAAAAAUGAAGAAAAGCUGAUUUUUCUGCUUACGUACUUUAACACCACAACUUAGGAAACCACAAAUCCAGUAUAUUUCACCAAAACAGUAUGAAUAAUGCUUUUACUUUUUAACCCUGCCUCAUGUUGGGUAAGGAGCUAGUGCAAUAAAUACAGUGGUUUAAAAAAAAUCAGUCUGUCUAAAGAUUUCUAAAACCUUGCUCGUAAAGUAUGAUGUCCUCACACACUGACUGAUCAGGGGGUGGGUUUUCCAAAAGCUUCUUAACGCUAAGAGCAUCUUAACUAGGAGACAGUGUGUUCAUCGUGAUGCUC